UGGAGGAAACACCAUCACAUGGUGACAGUUUGGCCAGGAAGCAUAACAAGCAAGUGGUUCACUUUAGUUUGUGUUGGUUAACAGGUGUAGUUUGCUAGCAGCUAGGCUAGCUUUAGACGCUGCCAGCACAUCAGUGGCUAUGGCUUUUGGGUCUUGUAUUAGUGUGGCCUUGCUCCUGUCUGUGUUGUCAACUGCAAAAUGUGAUCCUAUUCCCUCUGGAGCUCUUCAAAUGGAGUGUCAUGAUCGUUACUUCAUGAUAGCUGUUGAUGUCUCCUUCACUGGGAAUGAACCUCACUUUGAGGCUGUUGAUGAGACAGGUGUGUACCCCAUCUCUGAGCACUAUGCAGCAAUGUGUGGCUACAGCGUCCAUGUUGUCCUUGUACCAGGCCAUGUGGAGCUCCGAGCCUCCUACUUCAGCUGUCACACUGACAACAAAGGUGACGAGGUGUUCACAUUCAACUUCAACCUGAUUGUGACACGUGAAGGAAAGGAGGCUACCUAUGCCUUGAACAAGACCUGUUCUCCAUCUCUCCCUUGGUCCCCCAGAGAGGUUACCUGUGAGACCAACUACAUGGAAGUGUCUGUGAGAACUGAAGUCACCUGUCCAUCCAAGAUGCACCAAGAUGACUGGAAUGCGGCUCUAAAACCUACUUAUUCCUCAGCCACUUCAGACUGGCAGGUGGUGUUGCACAGAGAUGGAGAGCAGGAGCUGAUACCUAUGAAUCUGACUGAGGCUCAAAAGCAGGGUUAUAGAUUUGACAUGACUGAUGGAAGGCUGGUCUUUCGUACACCCUAUGGACAGCCUGACUCAUUCAGCACUGAAGUGACUGGUGUUCCAGUAGAGGUGGUCCAUGCAACACUGUUCUCCAGACUAAACUUUGUUGUCCUCAUGGUUGACCUGGUGGCUGCUUGCUCCAUGCAUAAUGGAUCAUAUGAUGAAAGCGGCUACAUGGUGUGGGAGACUCCCGAGGUGCUGCACCCGCUGGUGUCUGGUUGGCACGAGACGCAGAUUAAUAUUGGAGUCAAUGGUGAACUUGUGGAGCAGCCAGUUGCAGAGGAGAGAGGCUACAAUGUGGAGAAGCACAACAACACAGUACACAUCAGCAUCCCCUAUAAUGCUGAAGGAGGAUACAGGAAGAGCGUGGCGUUUGGGGACCUCUACGAGUUCUACAUCUUCGAUCUCUACUUGGAGCAAAUGUCAGUGGAUGAGGAUCAUGCUGACACCAGGCUUCGCUUUCACAGGACACUGACCACUUCACUGCUGCCACGGCCUGUUUACACAGAAAACCGAGCAGCUCUUGAGGAGCGCAUGUUCACGGUCUACCUUGGAGAUGUCCCUGCAGAUGUAGAAUUGGUUGCUGUUCAUUUGAAUGGGCAAGAAUUUACUGUGCCGUUUAGAAAUGCAAGCAGCCACACCAUCACAAAAGUAGUUCAUCCCAACGACACUCGUGGUUACACUCUGAAGGUGCCUUUCGAUGACCCUGUUGUUGUACAGCAGUUCUCCAGAGAAGAUGCAGCAAUGCAGCACAGGCUGGACAUUAACUACACACUGACUAUUCUGCCUGAAAAUGAGCCUUUUCACCAUCUGACGUCAGUCACGGCAUUAACGGAUGUCUCUCCUCCAGUCUUUGAUGCCGUCUGUUCAGAGUCUGGAAUCAGCUUCAGACUGGACCACCGGCCUUUUGACUACCUGUGGGAGCUCAGUAUUGGCUCAGACCUGCUGACGCCACAGCUGGCAGCCCAGCACGGCUACGUGAUGAGGAACGGUAGCCAGAACCUGCAGCUCGACGUGCCGCUCUUCACUCAUGGCUACGAGUACAAGGACGUUACUUUGAAGGGAUUCUUUGGCACUUUUGAGAUCCUUAUACGGGAUCGUCAAACCUCAGAGGUCCAGAGCUCCACUCUCAGGACUUGUCCAUUCACUGCUACUGAACUCAUUAUGUGUUCUACCGAUGGGAGGAUGACUGUGGUGGCUGACUUGUCUCUGGCCAUGUCAAGUGGAGGAGUUCCUGCUCGAGCCAACCUCGUAGACAAAUACUGUGGACCCAAAGAGGCAGACGACACCAGAGCGCUCUUCUCUUUUCCGCUCAACAGCUGUGGCUCCUUAGUCAAGCUCAACAAGGAAUAUGUGACCUAUGAAAAUGAGAUUUUCAUCAGCCGGAAGUUCCAUACUUCAAUAAAUGCAGCAGACUCCAGCAGUGAGAUCGACAGGGUGACAAUGCAGUGUACAUAUCCUCUGGCUGGUCUCCAUCGCCUAUUCUCAGUGUACCGGUUUGAGUCUGACACAGCCGGUGUUGGCCGCAUUGUGCAUUCAGCACACCCACCUGAAGGUGUGCAGAGCCCCACCAUCAAGCCUACUACUGUGUUACAAACACCAGUGCCUGCUACCAGGCGCACUCGAAGACCUAAUUACCACCCUUCUGUUCAGUACAUUAAAGUACCCAGCUUUCUACAGAAUCUCUCUAAGAAAGGAGCAAGAGGAUCUCCACAAGUCAAAGUAAAUAAAGCUAUGUUUUGAAGACUUGAAAAUGUGUUAACUGAAUCUCAAUAAAUGUCUUUUAAAAAUA